CGAACUUGGCUGAAACUUCUAUGAACGUCUGACAAGUAUCAAGAUCAUCGGUUCGUAAUCGCAGCAGUUGUUUACAACUUAUUAGUGAUAUGAAAUAGGUCAUAUUUUCUGGCGUUAUGGGGCAGGCGAUGUGUGACGUCAGAAUCGCGUUGCUGCUAUCUCUUCUACAUGGAUACCUCUUUCUCAUCGCUGGCUCAGGAACACACUCUCCCUUGGAGGAUACGACAAUGGAUAUCUCAUCACAGCAGUUUAGAGCUGAGUUCCUUCAGGAGUGGCACGGGUCUCCAGAUGCCCCGUACUUCGACACUGCCAUGUUUGGAAAUGUCACCGCGUUGGUCGGCCAUCCAGUAAAACUGAUAUGCCGAGUCAAAAAUCUUCAUAAUAGAACUGUAUCAUGGGUGCGUGACCGGGACAUCCACUUGCUAACAGUCGGUCGUUACACGUACACCUCUGACCAGCGUUUCGAGGCGGAACACAGACCACGUUCUGAGGAGUGGGCGCUCAACAUCCGCAGCCCACAGCGCCGCGACUCGGGGAAGUACGAGUGUCAGAUCUCCACGACUCCGCCGAUUGGCCAUGCCGUCUAUUUAGAAAUUGUAGAACCAGAAACCAUCAUAUCGAGUGGACCAGAGCUGUUCAUCCAGGCCGGGUCCACCAUCAACCUCACGUGCAACGUCCUCCACACUCCAGAACCACCCACCUCAAUUACUUGGAAGCAUGGCAAUCAGGCCAUAAACUUUGACUCGGCUCGGGGUGGCAUAUCGCUGGUGACUGAAAAGGGCACGAAGAGUACAAGUCGACUUCUAGUGCAAAGGGCGCGCGGUGCCGACGCCGGCCCGUACACUUGCGAGCCUAACAACGCGCCCAGGGCAAUCACUAGAGUGCACGUUUUGUCAGGUGAACACCCAGCCGCCAUGCAGCAGGGCUGUGCAAAAUCAACAUCAGACCAAACCGCCUCACUGUUAUGUUGUUUAUUAACUCUUUACGUGUCUAGAAUAACGAACAAUUUACAAUUCGGUACCUGAACAAACCUAGUUGUUUAAAGAACUAUGUCAAUAUGCAUGUUGUAAAUAAACACACAGGAUUAAUUGAUGUUGAAGUUUGACGUUGAAUUUUAGUCGGUUAAAAUUGAAUUUAUAUUCAGCAGAUUAUGUUUUUUGUAAAUAAAAAACUGAUUUUAGAAGAGAAAACAGUUCCUGUUGACUGUGCAUUUAAAACUAUUUUCAUCUUGAGAGUUAUGUCGCAAAAAAGGACGGAUUGUAUUAAGAAACCGCACCAAAAAUAGGUAAAUAUCGUGUAAACAUUACCCUUAUGAGGCUCUCAACGAUGUCAUAUUUUAUUAUGAAAACGUAAUAUAGAAAAACAUCCAACAUACAGGUUAUUCCGAGAAUGCUUUGAAACAGACCUUAUUUAUUUCUCUGCAAAGAGAAGACGAAAGAUUGAAAGCAAUCUCGGAAUACAUUCACGGUUUCUUUAAUGAAAAUGACGUUGUGGAAGGAAUAAUUUUCCUCGCUCUCGUUUUGUUCAUUAAUACAAGUUUUAUUUUAAAAUAACGGAAU